AAAGUAUUGUCGACCGCGAUACGAACGUUGCGCGGAAGUACGGAUACCCGGGAGGUCUUCGAUGGAAUGCGAUCAGCGCCGCGGAGAUAUUCGAGCCUGUGCUCGCUUACUGGGAAAAGUGCGUGGACACCGACAAGAGCAUGCUCGAGCGUUUGCUCGACACUGGCGUCUUGCUGGAACUAAUGAAUUGGUUUGUACACAUGAAUAGAGAUGAAUUUAACUCCACGCACGUGUCGGUCAAGUGCAAGUCGUGCCUGGGCAAACUCUGUACAGUUAAGAGGGACUUGUACAACGCCGUGGUGAUGAAAUGCAGAUUCGUCAGUCUAGUAUUUGCAUCUCUCGACUCGACGGAGUUGAACCGAGCCCUACAGAUUCUGAGAGCUUCAGGAAUCUUGAGAAUAUUAUCUCUUUCGUGCUGGGCAGAUUGAGCGUUGUAUAUUACAGCAAUAAUUUGUAUAGAUGGGUGCACAUUAAGAAAAUUACAUCCAAAGAAGUCGCAAGCUUGGCUAUGCUGGACUGCUUGACCAGUGAUGAAGAUGAGAUAAAGAGCGAACUGGGACUUUCAAUCGAUAUCUCUAAGUACGACGUUACCGCGUUGUGUCUGCAUGAAGUCAACAGUUUACUGGAGGAACAGGUCGCAUUUGCGAACGGCGUGGCAGCGGUUCUGGAAAAAUUGAGGAAGCUACAGCCGAGUGAUCAAUAUGCUGCACACACGGUGCAGUUAUUAGGGUAUUAUUCCUUAGGUUUCAAUUACGAGAGCUCUAUUCUGGAGUACCACGAAGAACUUGCGAGUCAUGAUUAAGCAAACUCAGUUGGAAAUAGAAAUUUCCAAAUUUUGUUUUCUUAUAGAAGAACUUUCUGUUAAAAAUUGGUAGAAACAAUCCUAAAGAUCAUCUUCAUCGCACUCUGACCAAAAUAUUUACAUACUGUAUUCUUACGAAAACUUAAUAUUAAACAUUAGAAUUGCACAGGAUUUGUGAUAGCCAUGAGAUGCAUUUCUUUUUCUUUAACCUCUUGCUGAACGGCUAUAUAGUGCAGUAAUAGAAUGUGAUUGGUUAGAUCCAA